GCGGGAACAGAUGUGGGGGUACGACAGUAUUGGUCGGUUUCCCCAGAAAGCAGCCAAUCGGAAUAGGCAGACUUCCGGCGCGAAGUGAGCGAGAUCUCUGCGCGGCAGCCGUGGUCGCGCCGCGGGGAGUUUGGAUCCUGGUUCCGCCCGCUUGGAGUCUGCGUGCGAGGAUUAUGGCUGCUGUUCCUCAGAAUAAUCUACAGGAGCAACUAGAACGUCAUUCAGCCAGAACACUUAAUAAUAAAUUAAGUCUUUCAAAACCAAAAUUUUCAGGUUUCACUUUUAAAAAGAAAACAUCUUCAGAUAACAAUGUGUCUGUAACUAAUGUGUCAGUAGCAAAAACACCUGUAUUAAGAAAUAAAGAUGUUAAUGUUACCGAAGACUUUUCCUUCAGUGAACCUCCACCUGACACCACAAAUCAGCAGAGGGUCAAGGACUUCUUUAAAAAUGCUCCAGCAGGACAGCAAACACAGAGAGUUGGCUCAAAACCAUUAUUGCCAGAUUUCUUGCAGACUCCGAAGGAAGUUUUAUGCACUACCCAAAACACACCAACUGUAAAGAAAUCCCAGAAUACUGCUCUCAAGAAAUUAGAAUUUAGUUCUUCACCAGAUUCUUUCAGAACCAUCAAUGAUUGGGAUGAUAUGGAUGACUUUGAUACUUCUAGGACUUCAAAAGCAUUUGUUACACCACCCCAAAGUCACUUUGUAAGAGUAAGCACUGCUCAGAAAUCAAAAAAGGCUAAGAGAAACUUUUUUAAAGCACAACUUUAUACAACAAACACAGUAAAGGCUGAUUUGCCUCCAUCCUUCUCUGAAAGCGAGCAAAUAGAUUUGACUAAGGAACAGAAGGAUGACUCAGAAUGGUUAAGCAGCGAUGUGAUUUGCAUUGAUGAUGGCCCCAUUGAUGAAGUGCAUAUAAAUGAAGAUGCUCAGGAAAGUGACUCUUUGAAAACUCAUUUGGAAGAUGAAAGAGAUAAUAGCGAAAAGAAGAAGAAUUUGGAAGAAGCUGAAUUACAUUCAACUGAGAAAGUUCCAUGUAUUGAAUUUGAUGAUGAUGAUUAUGAUAUAGAUUUUGUUCCACCUUCUCCAGAAGAAAUUUCUGCUUCUUCUUCCUCUUCAAAAUGCCUUAGUAUGUUAAAGGACCUUGACACCUCUGACAGAAAAGAGGAUGUUCUUAGCACAUCAAAAGAUCUUUUGUCAAAACCUGAGAAAAUGAGUACACAGGAGCCGAAUCCAGAAACCAGCACAGACUGUGACGCUAGACAGAUAAAUUUACAGCAGCAGCUUAUUCACGUGAUGGACCACAUCUGUAAAUUAAUUGAUAAUAUUCCUGCUGAUAAACUGAAACUUUUGGAUUGUGGGAACGAACUGCUUCAGCAGCGGAACAUAAGAAGGAAACUUCUAACAGAAGUAGAUUUUAAUAAAAGUGAUGCCAGUCUUCUUGGCUCCGUGUGGAGAUGCAGGCCUGAUUCACUUGAUGGCCCUGUGGAGGGUGAUUCCUGCUCUGCAGGGAAUUCUAUGAAGGAGUUAAAUUUUUCACACCUUCCCUCAAAUUCUGUUUCCCCUGGAGACUAUUUACUGACUACCACCCUAGGAAAGACAGGAUUCUCAGCCACCAGGGAGAAUCUUUUUGAAAGGCCUUCAUUCAAUACCCCUUUACAGAAGUCCUUUGUAAGUAGCAACUGGGCUGAAACACCAAGACUAGGAAAAAAAAAUGAAAGCUCUUAUUUCCCAGGAAAUGUUCUCACAAGCACUGCUGUGAAAGAUCAAAAUAAACAUACUGCUUCAAUAAAUGACUUAGAAAGAGAAACCCAGCCUUCGUAUGAUAUUGAUAAUUUUGACAUAGAUGACUUUGAUGAUGAUGAUGACUGGGAAAACAUAAUGCAUAAUUUAGCAGCCAGCAAAUCUUCCACAGCUGCCUAUCAACCCAUCAAGGAAGGUCGGCCAAUUAAAUCAGUAUCGGAAAGACUUUCUUCAGCCAAGACAAACUGUCUUCCAGUGGCAUCUACUGCUCAAAAUAUAAACUUCUCGGAGUCAAUUCAGAAUUACACUGACAAGUCAGCACAAAAUUUAGCAUCCAGAAAUCUGAAACAUGAACGUUUCCAAAGUCUUAGUUUUCCUCAUACAAAGGAAAUGAUGAAGAUUUUUCAUAAAAAAUUUGGCCUGCAUAAUUUUAGAACUAAUCAGCUAGAGGCGAUCAAUGCUGCACUGCUUGGUGAAGACUGUUUUAUCCUGAUGCCGACUGGAGGUGGUAAGAGUUUGUGUUACCAGCUCCCCGCAUGUGUUUCUCCUGGGGUCACUAUUGUCAUUUCUCCCUUGAGAUCACUAAUAGUAGAUCAAGUCCAAAAGCUGACUUCCUUGGAUAUUCCAGCUACAUAUCUGACAGGUGAUAAGACUGACUCAGAAGCUACAAAUAUUUACCUCCAGUUAUCCAAAAAAGACCCAAUCAUAAAACUUCUGUAUGUCACUCCAGAAAAGAUCUGUGCAAGUAACAGACUCAUUUCUACGCUGGAGAAUCUCUAUGAGAGGAAGCUCUUGGCACGUUUUGUUAUUGAUGAAGCACAUUGUGUCAGUCAGUGGGGACAUGAUUUUCGUCAAGAUUACAAAAGAAUGAAUAUGCUUCGCCAGAAGUUUCCUUCUGUUCCGGUGAUGGCUCUUACGGCCACAGCUAAUCCCAGGGUACAGAAGGACAUCCUCACUCAGCUGAAGAUUCUCAGACCUCAGGUGUUUAGCAUGAGCUUUAACAGACAUAAUCUGAAAUACUAUGUAUUACCGAAAAAGCCUAAAAAGGUGGCAUUUGACUGCCUAGAAUGGAUCAGAAAACACUACCCAUAUGACUCAGGGAUAAUUUACUGCCUCUCCAGGCGAGAAUGUGACACCAUGGCCGACACAUUACAGAGAGAUGGGCUUGCUGCUCUUGCUUACCAUGCUGGCCUCAGUGAUUCUGCCAGAGAUGAAGUGCAGCAGAAGUGGAUUAAUCAGGAUGGCUGUCAGGUUAUCUGUGCGACAAUUGCAUUUGGAAUGGGGAUUGACAAACCGGAUGUGCGAUUUGUGAUUCAUGCAUCUCUCCCUAAAUCUAUGGAGGGUUACUACCAAGAAUCUGGCAGAGCUGGAAGAGAUGGGGAAAUAUCUCACUGCCUGCUUUUCUAUACCUAUCAUGAUGUGACCAGACUGAAAAGACUUAUAAUAAUGGAAAAAGAUGGAAACCAUCAUACAAGAGAAACUCAUUUCAAUAAUUUGUAUAGCAUGGUACAUUACUGUGAAAAUAUAACGGAAUGCAGGAGAAUACAGCUUUUGGCCUAUUUUGGUGAAAAUGGAUUUAAUCCUGAUUUUUGUAAGAAACACCCAGAUGUUUCUUGUGAUAACUGCUGUAAAACAAAGGAUUAUAAAACAAGAGAUGUGACUGAUGAUGUGAAAAGUAUUAUAAGAUUUGUUCAAGAACAUAGUUCAUCACAAGGAAUGAGAAAUGUAAAACAUGUAGGUCCUUCUGGAAGAUUUACUAUGAAUAUGCUGGUUGACAUUUUCUUGGGGAGUAAGAGUGCAAAAAUCCAGUCAGGUAUAUUUGGAAAAGGAUCUGCUUAUUCACGACACAAUGCCGAAAGACUUUUUAAAAAGCUGAUACUUGACAAGAUUUUGGAUGAAGACUUAUAUAUCAAUGCCAAUGACCAGGCAAUCGCUUAUGUGAUGCUCGGAAAUAAAGCCCAAACUGUACUAAAUGGCAAUUUAAAGGUAGACUUUAUGGAAACAGAAAAUUCCAGCAGUGUGAAAAAACAAAAAGCGUUAGUAGCAAAAGUAUCUCAGAGGGAAGAGAUGGUUAAAAAAUGUCUUGGAGAACUUACAGAAGUCUGCAAAUCUCUGGGGAAAGUUUUUGGUGUCCAUUACUUCAAUAUUUUUAACACCGUCACUCUCAAGAAGCUUGCAGUCUGUUGCUUUUCCUCUAAACAUGGGAAUGAUGUGAAAAUCACAGAUGGGAAAGGAUUCGAAAUCUACCCUUUGCUCAGCUCAAAUACGUAGGAAUGAUUACUCCCUUGCUACCCAGAGCCAGUGCAUCAGUCAGUCCUCCAGAGCCAGCCUCCAAAACUCACCCAAACCUUGCUUCACUGUGUCUCCACUACUGCAUUCCAGUUCACUCCAUCCUCACUCGCUCCUGCAACGGCUUCCACCAGGCUCCCGGAUUCUACUGUUUCCUUUACAGUCAAUUUCUUAUACAGCAGCCAGGGUGACCUUUAAAUGACAGGCUUGUCUAGCUGCAAGACUGAUAUGCAAUCUCUAUGCAGAGGACUCAGCUGGGGAAGAGUGGAGGAAGAAAAGUUUGUGCUGGAGGAAGUAACAAUUUGGUUAUGCCAUCUAGGGUGGGGUGUACAAGUCUGGAGUGCAGAGAAGAGGCUGGAGCUGGAAAUAGAAAUGCAGCCUUCUCAGUAAAGACAGGGCAUGCCAAUCUCAGCUAGAUGAGUAUUGGCCAUGGGAAUAGUGGGCAAGAGCAGGUCUGCUCCACUCUGCGCACAUGGCACAAGUCCCACCCCCAGCCUCCUCCUGCCCUGGCUCUUGCCCUUGCUCUGCCCUGGCCUGUGCCGCUGGAAUUGGAUGGUGGGUUCCUGCCCUCUGCGCCUGUCUGCUGCCUCUGAGGUGCUAACUUUGCCCUUUACAAAAUUGGCCUGUGUUCCCAGUACCCUGCAGUUAGUUGGCACUUAGCAGACAUGUGCUGAAUGCGUGAAUGAGCAUGAAUUCAGUGGGUUUUCUAUGGGUGAUAAUUUAAAUUCCUAAUUUUAUGCCUCUGCACAGAAUCUUUAUCUUCCGAUCCUGAGGUUUUGCUUCAAAUUGAUGGUGUUACUGAAGACAAACUGGAAAAAUAUGGUGCAGAAGUGAUUUCAGUAUUACAGAAAUACUCUGAGUGGACAUCGCCAG